AAGGAAGUAAUGAAACUUCCAGCAGGCAAGGCAAUGGAUAGAAACAGCUCAAUGGACAUACAAUCGAUGCCUUAUUGCAGUCAAAAAAGAAAGUAUGAAGCAAUGAAUGACUUACUUAAAGGAUAUGCAUCUAAUUUUGCUGCGAAUCAUAAAAACUUUAAAAUGAAAUUUCGUUCUAAAAAAGAUUCACAACAAUCAAUUGCAAUACUUUUUAAAUAUUGGGGUAAAUCUCGUAGUAAAUUCUCAUUUCUUCAUAAAAUGAACUUAGCAGAAUCUCUUCUAAAACAACUUGAAUAUGAUAGUUGCCUUGUUAUAAAUUGUCUUGGUGAAUUUUACCUUUGUAUACCUAAGCCACUUAAAAUAUGGGCUGAGAACCAAGGUCCUUUAUUUUCAGAAAAUCAAAAAAAGGGUGGAUCAGAAGUGAUUGCACUAGAUCCAGGUGUACAUACUUUUAUGACCG